UGGUGAUAUUAUCUGGUAGUGAUUCGUCUGUACUGUAUCUGUGGGAAAUCGAGUAAACAGAAUAUAUACGAUUGGAGAACGACUCGAACGUGUUUGUUAAUUCACAAUCUGAAAUACCACAAAUUGGCAACGAGAGUGGGAUAUUUUUGCCUGGAACCGAUUGGUUACGACGUGUGACUUGGCAGCUUGUCGCAGGUAAGUUGAUUUUUCUGAAAAAGAGGCGGUUUGUUGUAAUGAAUGAGUGUUUCAUUUUGACUAUAGCAUUGAGUCGGGGACGACAUUUUCUGCUGUCGUCGAGUAUUGAGGUAGUGUGAGAGAGAAGAGAAGAGCUGCCACGCAGGAUAGUGGUGAUCGAUUGCUUCCGCGACGAGAAAGCAGGCUUUGGCUACCACGUCUAGACAGUGGUGUGAUUGCUACCGCGAUUUGACAGCGGCAUUGGCUACCACGGCGGGGAAGUGGUGAAUGAUUGCUACCGCGGCGGGACAGCGCGGCUGCUACCGCGACUUGACAGCGACGUUGGCUACCACGACGUGAAAGUGGUGAUUGAUACUUGCUAUCGUGUUUUGUUUUGAUACUGAGAUUGGGGCGAAGAUUGUUUUCUCGACACCAGGCUCUGCGAAGUUAAUUGUUUUUUCGAUAUUAGUUGGACGUUCGAAACAUCAGGGAUGGACAAAUCUCGAAUGUUCGCAAGUUUGCCGCCUUUUUCCUGCGCAGAUGUGCCGCUUACGGAUCGCAGGCAAAAGUGGAUGACCUGGAAACGCGGUUUUGAAAUUUUUCUCCGGGCUGCAAAGGUCGAAGAUGCUGCUGAAAAGAAGGAUUCGCUUUUGGCUCACGGUGGUUUUGAACUGCAGGAUAUUUUCUUCAAUAUUCCGGGAGCAGAUGUUGAAGCGAAGGAAGAUAACGAUUGUUAUGCCAUUGCCAUAGAGAAACUGGACAGCUAUUUUGCUCCACAGCGACACGAAGCUCAUGAACGUUACGUUUUCUGGGCUAUGAAGCCGGAACCCGGUGAGAGCUUGACAAAGUUUUUGAUGAGGACGCAAACACACGCCUCGAAGUGCAAUUUUGGGAAAACUUCCACUGACAGCUCUUCCAUAGCUGUGAUUGACAAAAUGCUCCAGUUUGUCCCAGCUUCUCUCCGUGAAAAACUACUACAGGCGACGGAUUUGACAAUAGACGAAGUUGUUAAACAGGUGAACGCUUUCGAGACAUCCCGUUCUGCUAGCGAACAGAUCAGCGGUCAAGCGAUAUUGCCAGCGGUGAGUAAAAAUACGGAGUCGGUGCAACGAGUGAAAGCAUAUUGCAAAUUCUGUGGGAAAAAUCACGGACCAGGACAAAACUGCGCUGCUUGGAAUAAAACGUGUGGCAACUGUGGAAAGGUGGGACAUUUCCGGGCAGUUUGUUUCAGCCGUAUGGGUCAACCUGGAAGCUCAACAGGUUCUAGUAAUCAGCCACCGACGAAGUCUGCUAUCAAAAGGAAUUACAGUCAAACAUUUCAGCCUAGUGCAACAGCAUUCGGGAAACAACGGCGAACAGGUACUUCCUUUCCCCCUCGGCGGUUGCACGCGAUAGCUGAUGAGGAAGAAGAAGUAAAUAUCGAACUUGUCGAAAUGGUAUCUUCGGCGAUUGAUUCAGAAGAGCUGGUAUGGGUUAAAGUGGGAGGCGUUAUCAUCGAAAUGCAGAUAGAUUCCGGUGUUCAUUCGAACAUUGUUGAUGACAGAACUUGGGAAAUGAUGCUGAAUAACGGGGUGGAGACAUUGGCAAGGGGAAACCAGUCGGACAAGAAGUUCAAAGCGUACGCACAGAGAGAUUGCCUGGAGGUGUUAGAAAUGUUCGACGCAGAGGUCAUCAUUAACGAUGGAAAUAAGGAACUAAAAACAAACGCACGUUUCUAUGUAGUGAGAGAUGGGCCUCAGCCUUUGCUCGGCAAACACACGGCGCAGCAGUUGGGAGUUUUGGUUGUCGGUCUUCCUAGUCAACAAUCUCUACAGAACGUUGGCAGCAUUCGACCGUUUCCUAGUGUUCGUGGUGUGAAAAUACAUAUCCCGGUUGACAAAUCCGUCCAGCCAGUUGUUCAACGAUUUCGGAGAUUUCCCUUUGCUACGUUGGAGCGUGUGGACGACAAGCUUAAGGAGUUACUGGCUAAAGACAUCAUUGAGAAGGUCUCUGAGCCUAGUCGAUGGGUGUCACCGAUGGUCGUGGUUAUCAAGGACAGCGGUGAUAUACGUCUGUGCAUCGAUAUGAGGCAAGUCAAUAAAGCAGUUCUUCGCGAGACGCAUCCACUUCCGACAAUCGAAGAUGUUCGAUGGAAGCUCAAUGGGGCGGUUUACUUCUCCAGGCUUGACAUCAAGGAUGCCUUCCACCAAUUGGAGUUAGAUGACGAGAGCAAACCUCUGACAACCUUCAUCACUCACAAAGGUAAGUUUAACUAACAAAUGAAUGACUUUUGCUUCGAAUAUACAAUGUUUUAAUUGGGUGUUUUGUUUCAUUACUCAAGGUCUCUUCCGUUACAAGAGACUCGUUUUUGGAAUAUCUUGUGCACCCGAGGUAUUUCAAAAGACCAUUGAACAAAUUCUGUCGGAUUGUGACCAUACCAUCAAUUUCAUUGAUGACAUAAUCGUAGUAGGCAGAACUGAGCGGGAGCAUGAUGAGGAACUCCGCAAGGUUUUGGGUAGGCUGCGAGAUUAUGGAAUUUUGUUGAAUCAAGACAAAUGUGCAUUCAAACUAACUGCAAUCGACUUCCUGGGACACAAAUUUGAUAAAGACGGUAUGACUCCUUCUACAAGUAAAAUAGAGGCUCUUCAAAGUUUCCGUGCACCAGCUACCUGUGAGGAGGUCAGAAGUUUCUUGGGUCUCGUCAACUACGUUGGUGCAUUUAUCCCAGACCUUGCUACAAUAUCAUUCCCUCUUAGAGAACUUACGAAGAACAAAGCUGUUUUUAAAUGGAAUCUGGAAGAACAAAAAGCUUUCGAUAAACUACUAAAAGCAAUAAGUCAUAUCGAUCGACUUUCGCACUUUGAUCCUGGACUCAAAACUAGAGUUGUCGCAGAUGCUUCCCCAGUUGGACUGGGAGCAGUGUUUCUGCAAUUUUUCGAAGGAAUGCCAAGGGUCAUAUCGUACGCUAGCAAAAGUUUGACCGAAACGGAGCAGCGUUAUGCCCAGACGGAGAAAGAGGCUUUAGCUUUAGUUUGGGCGGUUGAGCGGUUUCAAAUUUAUCUGGUCGGAAUUAAGUUUGAAUUGGAAACUGAUCAUAAACCUUUGGAAGCAAUCUUUUCACCGGAUUCGUCACCCUGUUUAAGGGUAGAACGGUGGGUUCUGCGUUUACAAGCGUUCAGCUACGAGGUGGUUUACCGUAAAGGGAAAGCAAACAUAGCUGAUUCUCUAUCAAGACUUGCUCAAUCACAAGUACUGGAACCGUUUGAUCCAGAUUGUGAUGUUUAUGUACGUAAUGUACUUGAGUUGGAAGCAGUGGAUAUCGGUGAGCUGGAAAAAGCUUCUAGUGAGGAUCCUGAACUUCGGGAAUUGCGAGAAUAUCUUGAUCGAGGAGUAUGGAACUAUACCUCAAGCACUGUCAAAGCUUAUCACGCGUUUCGGAACGAGCUCGGCAAAGUAGGAGAAUUGGUAGUAAGAGGUUCCAGAUUGAUUGUACCUGCAAGCAUGAGACAGAGGAUGCUACAACUGGCUCAUGAGGGACACCCAGGUCGAACCAAAAUGCAACAACGAUUGCGUCUAUCGUAUUGGUGGCCUGGAAUGGAUGAGUCUAUUGCCCGCAUAGUAGAUAGUUGUGAAGGUUGCCGUCUAGUCGGUCAACCCGAUAGACCAGAACCCAUGGAAAGGCGCAAACUGCCAGAGGCUCCGUGGAUCGACAUUGCUAUAGACUUCCUUGGUCCAUUGCCCUCUGGAGAUUAUCUUCUUGUAAUUAUUGACUAUUAUAGUCGAUAUAAAGAAGUAGAGAUACUGCAGAAAAUUACAGCCAAAGAGACAUCUGAACGGCUUGAGAAGAUUUUUGUAAGGCUAGGUUUUCCUCGAACAAUAACCCUGGAUAACGGACGACAGUUUGUAAGUGUGGAGUUUGAACGAUACUGCCGCAAUAGAGGAAUUAUUCUGAACAAAACCACGCCGUACUGGCCCCAAGAGAAUGGCCUUGUGGAACGCCAAAACCGCUCUUUGAUGAAACGACUAAAAAUUAGUCAGGUUUUGAAUCGUGAUUGGAAGCGAGAGCUUCUUACUUACUUGUCGAUGUAUUAUUCGACUCCACACAGCACAACUGGAACAACUCCAGCAGAAUUGAUGUUCGGAAGAAACAUCCGCACUAAAUUACCGACUUUGAGAGAUUUGAGUACUGAAGCGCCGCCAACAGAGUAUAGAGACCGUGAUUUACAGCAGAAGGAAAGGGGUAAAGUUACCGAAGAUCUACGACGCAGAGCUAAACCAUCUGAGCUGAAUGUUGGGGAUGAAGUGUACAUGAAGAACGUCCUUCCAGGGAACAAGUUAACACCUACGUUCAACCCAAAGGUGAUGACAGUGGCCGCAAAGCAGGGUUCUCGUGUUACAGUGCAGAAUAACGAAACUGGAAAGUCUUACGACAGGAACUCCAGUCAUCUAAAAAAAGUAGUGUUUGGGAACAGUGGUCAAAACGACGAUGAAGAAACAAAUGCAGAAUCGCUUAAUGAGGCAAAUCCAACGAGUUCUGGGAAUAUGCAUGUGACGAUUCCAGAAGUUGAGGAUCCACCAUCCGAAGAGGUCCCCAUAGAUCAGGAGAAGCCCGAUCAUCGGAAUAGGUCACAGCGUGAAAUCAGGAAACCCAAACGUUUUGAUGAUUGCAUUUUAGAUUACUAAUUACGUGGAAUAUCUCUGUUUAAAGAAGGGGAAAUGUGGUGAUAUUAUCUGGUAGUGAUUCGUCUGUACUGUAUCUGUGGGAAAUCGAGUAAACAGAAUAUAUACGAUUGGAGAACGACUCGAACGUGUUUGUUAAUUCACAAUCUGAAAUACCACAAAAUUCAAUCCAAAUCCUAUCCAAAUCCUAUCCAAAUCCUAUCCAAAUCCAAUCCAAAUCCAAUCCAAAUCCAAUCCAAAUCCAAUCCAAAUCCAAUCCAAAUCCAAUCCAAAUCCAAUCAAAAUCCAAUCAAAAUCCAAUCCAAAUCAAAUCCAAAUCCAAUCCAAAUCCAAUCCAAAUUCAAUCCAAAUCCAAUCCAAAUCCAAUCCAAAUCUAAUCCAAAUCCAAUCCAAAUCCAAUCCAAAUCCAAUCCAAAUCCUAUCCAAAUCCUAUCCAAAUCCUAUCCAAAUCCAAUCCAAAUCUAAUCCAAAUCCAAUCCAAAUCCAAUCCAAAUCCAAUCUAAAUCCAAUCCAAAUAUAAUCCAUAUGAAAUUCAAAUGCAAUCCAAAUCCAAUCCAAAUCUUAUCCAAAUCCAAUCUCC